AUGUCAAGACCAGCUUUGCUUACCAUUUUACUGAUCCUCCAAUUAGUCCAUUUUGGAAGCAGCCGGUUUGUUAGAGAUUCUGAUCUUAUAUCCAAUGGCGGCAUAAUAGACAACAAAAUAAGCCAACCUUCAAUCCUAGAAGUAGUGGAUCUUCAAGCAGAUACUGUGACUUGUGAACCAGUUUAUGGCUUCUUGCCCUGUGCAACUUCAGUGUGGGGGCUGCUUUUCCUGAUAAUCGUGUACGAGGUCUUGCUGUCCCUUGCAGAUCAGUAUGUUUCAGCAGGGUCAGAACUCUUCUUUGAAUUGUUUGGGACUGGUAUCUUUGGUGCUAGUGCUUUCCACAUGCUUGGCAUGAUACCACAAGUAGGAUUGGUACUUGUAACUGGAGUGACAGGAAGUACAGAAACGGCAGAGGCAAUGGCAGAAAUGAGCAUGGGCCUACUUGCAGGAUCAGCAAUCAUGCUUCUGACACUAGUUUGGGGUUCUGUUGUUGCUUUUGGAAGCCAUCACCUCUCGGUGUCUCAAACUUCAUCAAAUACAGAAAAUAAGAAAUCCUUCAGUUUAACUGGUUAUGGUGUAACAACUGAUGUUGAAACCAAAGCUACUGCAAGAAUCAUGAUGGUCUCAUUGAUCCCCUUUCUUGUUCUUCAAGUGGCAAAAAUGCUCAGUUCUUCUUCGGGGAUUCGAGUUGUGAUAUUAGUCUCUCUACUUAUUGCAUUUGCAUUCCUUGUCAUUUACUGCAUCUAUCAGAUCAUGCAACCAUGGAUUCAGAAAAGAAGACUUGAUUUUUUGAUGCGUAAAUAUGCACACAAAAACUUACUACAAAGUCUUCUGACAGUUGGAGGCAACCCCAAUGUAUCCAUUAUACAAGGGCUGUUUCAUAGAUUAGACCAGAAUAAUAACACAUACAUAUCAUCACAUGAGCUGAGAGCAUUGAUCCUAGGAAUACAAAUAGAAGAAGUAGGUCUGGAUGACGAUGAUUAUGCUGCAAAAGUGAUGGAGGAAUUUGAUAUCUCUGGUGAUUCUCAAAUAGUUGAGACAGAGUUUGUCAAUGGAAUCUCAAAAUGGAUUAAUCCAGCUAAGCCCUCUGCCAACGAUAACAGUCAUGAACAUAAAUGGUUUUUUAGAAGAAAUCCCAAGAAUGAGAAAACUGAGGAAGACCAGAAGAGGCUAGUGGCGAAGAAAAAGAAGGCUAAGGGUGCUGAUAAAUCUUGGAAAAAUCUCGUGAAGGCUGCUUAUCUAUUGAUUCUAGGUACUGGCAUUACAGUUUUGCUUGCAGUGCCCCUCAUGGAAACUAUGCAAGAAUUCUCUACUGCUGCAAGCAUCCCUUCAUUCUUAACCUCGUACAUUUUGAUACCCUGGUCCACAAACUACAGACUAGCACUGAGAUCAGUAACUUCUGCCAGAGAGAAGACAGAUAAUGCCAUAUCUUUAACACUUUCUGAGAUUUACAAUGGAGUGUUCAUGAACAACAUCAUGGUCAUGGGACUUUCUACCAGCUUCAGCAGAAAAUUCCCAUUUUGGACAAGUAUCAUAGCCUACAUUCUGUACCCUGUAUCACUGCUGCUGGUUUAUGUCCUCACUACCUUUUUUGGAUGGUCUUAA